AUGGUGCAAACUCGGACGAUCGUCAGCAUCACGGCCGCUACGGCUGUUGCAGGCCUUGUUGGUUACGCUGUGUGAGUAAUCGAAGCACAAGGUGCUCGGCUUGCUGCGCUGCGAGCGAAGGCGUAGCUGGGUGGGGGACGAUUUCAUCCACUCAGGCCAUGCCUAGAGGCAUUGAUGAAGACGCUGACUCGCAUCACUUGGCACCGUGCACACCUUGCAUCUCCAUGCGCAGAUACUUCGACCACAAGCGCCGCUCUGAUCCUCAAUUCCGCAAAGCGCUGAAAAGGGAUAGCAAACGGACGGCUCGCGCUGCUCAAAAGGCCGAUAAGGAAUCCAAAGCCGCGCUAACCGCAAAGAUCGAGACUGCUGUCCGUGAUGUGCGGAAGCCAGGUGUACUGCCCAGUGGUGUCGAGGAGAGGGAGCAAUAGUGAGUCAAGCACUAGGCCGCCGCAUUGCCGAUUAACUCGGUCUCACACCGCGCCCGUGUUCAGCUUCAUGAUCUCCGUCGGUGAAGGUGAACAGCUCUUUGCUCGCGGGCCAGCUUCGCACUUCGAUGCUGCCGUCGCUUUCUUCAAGGCACUGAAGGUGUAUCCUUCACCUUUGGAGCUCGUCAUGAUCUACCAGAAGGCCGUGCCUGCAGAGGUGUUCGCCUUGAUCAUGGAAAUGAUUGGUCUGGAUGUGAGUUAUUUCCAGAUCCAGGACUCGAUCUGCACUUGGUGUUUCACUGACUGAUCGCUGACGUGUUCCUCCACCUUCUCGGUGCAGGCCAAACUCGGUCCUGAGCCAGGCAGUGCGCCAGUCGAUCCACGAUUGUCUGAAUUGGCGGCAGCAGCGUCGGGUGCACCGAUUGCCCAACAAGCUGGCAACCUGGAUGAGGUGGACGACGAAUCGCCCGCUGCAGCAGGAUCUUCCGCACCUGCGGCUGGCGCCACCCCAAGCACCGCCUCGCCAUCGUCUGCACCCGUCAGUUCCAACGUAUCUGGAUCCGGAAAUGGAGCGGACAGUGUUGCUGACGCUUCCUCUCAGGAUGGAAGAGGUCCACCUAGCACCUACUCGUCCCAAGAAGGAGGCGCUGGAAACAGUAGCGGCGUUGCUAGCGGUUAUUCUUCGCAGCCUGAGGGCAGUGCAGCUCCUUCCGUCGCUGGUGGGAACGGACAAAGCAGCGCUUUCUCAUCUCAAGAAUGGGAAAAGGUGUCGGAAGCUGGUAGCGGUGCUGUUCCAUCCACCUCAGGAGCCGGACCUGCCCAGGCUUACAACCUCAAGCCAGAGGACGAAGCUCUCGCUUCCCCACCUCCAGGGACGAGCAACCCUGCUUCAGACGUGACGGCUACUCCUGCGACCGCAGCACCUCAAGCUGAUGCUCAAGCGAGAGAGGCUGCUGCAGGGACACACGCAUCUCUGGCCGCACAGCGAGCUGCGGGUAGUGACUAG